CCAUUACCUACAUGAAAAAUCUAGAAUCUUUAAAUGUCUCCAAAAAUCGUUUAAAACGUUUGCCCUUACAACUUUGGGAGUGCGGCAGACUAAAUGAGCUGAAUAUCAGUGAUAAUAUAGACAUAUGGCAUAUACCGGAAAGAAUCUCCUACAUGCAAUCAUUGCAAAUGUUAUCAGCGGAUCGUUGUUCCUUACUUUAUUUACCCGUGGCUUUAGCAAAAUUUAUAGACUAUUUGAGAAUUUUUAAUAAUUCCGCCAUUACACACAUACCUAUUAUCUAUGAGAAAUUCUAUCAAAAUUAUUAUGAAACACCCACAAAAAUGCAAACUGUACCUGUAAGCAGAGACGAUUUCUUUUGGGUUAUCGAAAAAGAAACAUUUACCAAACUUCUACUGCCUAUCGGUACAAAGAAAGUCUUUCGUGUACCUUCUAAAGAGAAUCAAGUGACUCUCUAUGAUGACUGCCUAAAAGCUUUAGAAUACUUAAAUAAACUUUCGCCAUUUUAUGAAAAUCCAGUAUUGAAAUAUAUACUGCCAGAAAGGUAUAUGGUAGAUCAUAUACGUAAUGGACCUAUAGGCAGAUGUACGGUAUUUAAAUGUUCAAAUCCUUUAUUUACCACCUACUAUUUUAUGGUGGUUAAGAGACGUGCCAGCCGAUCUAAGCAAUUAUUUACUUGUUAUUUUUGUACUCAAUACUGCGCAAAUUUAUGGCUAAUGGAUAAUCAUAAAAAGUACUAUUGUGUGGAUUGGGAGGUGUGCGAUGAUUACAUUGAUGAAAAAUUAAAGAUAUAAUCAUCAUAAUUAGGUAAAAUUUUUAGUUCAUAGGUAGCAACCAACAUUAUAGUACAAUUAUAUAUAUUAAAAUUCAAAAAUAAAUAGACAAACUUUUAAUAAAUCAA